AUGAACAGCCCAGUGUCCAAUGGAGCCCCUGUGCAAGGGUAUCCUGCAGCUCCUGUCGUCCCAUCUUCCCUUCCUGCUGGUACCCCACCUGCCAAAGAUCUCUCCCAGGACAACAAUGCUCCCCAGUAUCCUGGUGGAUCCCGUCCACCCACGGGGGGUCUGUUAGAGAACAAGUCACCCCAAGUUGGACCUAGUGGUCACCAUGGGGCUCCUCCAGUAAAUAGUGCUCCAGAACCUAUUGCACUGUCAGCUAUUCCUCCUGCCAAUGGUCCUUCACCUACUGGCACUCAGAAUGGCCCUGUGCAAUACCCUCAGACACCCACUGAAAGCAAUGCACCAGGAGGACCUCUUCCUCCUCCUGCAUCGUUGUCUCUCCCACCUGUCAAUGGUCCAGCACCUACUGGAGCUCAAGGAGGUCCUGUGCCAUACUCACCCAGCAGCGGCAACACACCAACUGAUUUGAAGGACUUGGGAGCACGUCCCCCUCCUCCUGUAUCGUCAUCUCUUCCACCUGUCAACAGUCCUGCACCUACUGGUGCUCAAGGAGGCCCCGCGCCGUACUCUCCGCCACACACUGACAGCAAUGCACCACCUAAUCCUAAAAAUCAAGGAGCAUGUCUUCCUCCUCCUGCAUCAUUGUCCCUCCCUCCUGUUAAUGGUCCUGCACCUACUGGUGCUCAAGGAGGUCCCACACCAUACUCUCUGCCACACACCGACAGCAAUGCGCCGACUGAUCCUAAAAAUCAAGGAGCACGUCCCCCUCCUCCUGUAUCAUCGUCUCUCCCUCCUGUCAAUGGUCCUGCACCUACUGGUGCUCAAGGAGGGCCCGUGCCAUCCUCUCCUGAUGUGCCAACUGAUUCCAAAGACUUGGGAGCAUGUCCCCCUCCUCUUGCAUCGUUGUCUCUCCCUCCUGUCAAUGGUCCUGCACCUACUGGUGCCCAAGGAGGCCCUGUGCCGUACUCUCCGCCACACACUGACAGCAACACACUGACUGAUCCUAAAAAUCAAGGAGCACGUCCCCCUCCUCUUUCAUUGUCGUCUCUCCCUCCUGUCAAUGGUCCUGCAUAG